AUUAGUCUAUAGUAUUCCUGCAAACACAUUAUUGUGUAUAGACCGCGAAACACACUGUGUAUAGACCGCUUGCUUUCGUUUAUUAGUGCUAAUUUGUGUCAUCUCACGGUGGUUGUUUGGACAUUGAAUGCUAUUAGUGCACUCGCUUUUGCAUUCGAACUCGGCAAUCUUCUAAAACAACUACUCCAUAGUCCAAACUGAUUACUUUUUGACAUGCGGACCGACUCGUAUCUUAACAUAAAAAUAAUCAUCAUUAAUAGAUGUAAAUCGACGGACCGUCAUUCGUAGUCUUUCAAAAUAAAAAAUGUACUACUUAUUAAGAUUGGUCGGCUUCUUUUUUAUUUAUUUUGCUGACGGUUUUAUUUUGGACGGUUCGGGUAGCUCAUAUUCACAAUUUAGAAAGUGGGGCGGAGGCACAAAUGGUAGUUUAGAAUUCGAAUUUAAGACAGAACAACCCAACGGUCUGUUACUGUACACCGAUGACGGUGGUACUUACGAUUUUUUUGAAAUCAAAUUAGUUGAAGGAGCUUUAAGACUUAGAUACAAUUUGGGAGGAGGAGCUCAAAUAAUAACUGUAGGUAGAGAUUUAAACGAUGGACAUUGGCAUAAAGUCCAUGUACAAAGGCACGAAGACAGAACAAUACUCACCGUGGACGGGGUCUCGCAAAUGAGAACCUCCAGAGGGAAAGAAUUCAAUUUCGGUCGGUUUUCUACAAAUUCUGACGUAUUCGUGGGCGGUAUGCCAACGUGGUAUAAUACCAAAUUAACUUUAUUAGCAUUACCGAGCGUUAUUUUCGAACCUAGAUUCAUCGGGGCGGUCAGAAAUUUAAUUUAUCCAGAUUUGGAAGGGGGUAAUCCAAGACGACAAGAAACUAGACCUAAAGAUAAUAGGUGCGACGGUCCCUUGGUAGCAGGGAUCGAAGGGGUAUGUCUACCUCAGUCCAGGGUCCUUCGAGGAAAUAGCUCUAGUGACGCUUGUGAAACUCGAGAUCCUUGCCAACAUGGUGGUAUUUGCAUUUCAACUGACAGCGGCCCAAUUUGCGAAUGCCGGAAUCAUGAUUACGAAGGAGAAUAUUGUGAAAAGGAUAAAGCCCCAUCCGAAGCUGUUUUCCGUGGAACUGAAUUUCUCUCGUACGACUUAAGUCAGACUGGAGGUGAACCUAUUGUUAGUGCUCAAGAUUCCGUAACGUUCUACUUCAAAACGCGACAACCCAGUGGAUUACUAUUUUAUACCGGCGAUGGAAACGAUUAUUUGAACGUCGCUAUUAAAGAUGGAAUUCUAAGUUUAACGAUGGGGCUUUCGAACGGCAAACAGGAAAUGCAGAUCAAACCUAACAAAGUGCGUUUCGAUGACAAUCAAUGGCACAAAGUGAGCAUACACAGAAGAAUUCAAGAAAUAUCAGCCAUAACCGCUUUCUGCAGGUUAUCAGCGGUAAUAGACGGUGUUUAUGCUGAUCAUUCUCAUAUAGCGGGGAAAUUCACCAUGUUGUCCUCAAGUCGAUUAUACGUUGGUGGUAGCAUAAAUACUAGAGCGCUUCCUGGUGCCAGAGUUCAUAAUAACUUUGUUGGUUGUAUGAGAAAAGUAGAGUUCGUAGCCGACACAUUGAGGCUAAACCUUCUGGAAUUGGGCAGGUCGGGCAGCCAUCUCAUACAAGUAGUAGGAAGACUGGACUACAAAUGUCCGGAGGGCGAAACUCACGACCCUGUCACGUUCACCACCAAGGAAUCGCAUCUGAUACUGCCCCCAUGGAACGCGAAAAAGUCCGGCAAUAUUUCAUUCAAGUUUCGCACGAACGAAGCCAACGGAUUGAUACUUUUCAACGGGGGCAUACGACCGCCCAGGGUUGAUUUAUUCGCUAUUGAAAUCUACAACGGUCACAUUUACGUUCACAUUGAUCUCGGAUCCGGUCCGUCGAAGCAAAGAGGAUCACGAAGAAGGAUUGACGAUGGAAAUUGGCACGAAUUUACUUUUAGACGGACCGGAAGGGAUUCUAGGAUAACGGUCGAUGGCCUCCACACCGACUUCAAGACCCUCGAAGGAUCAUCGAGUCUGGAGUUGGACGGGAAUAUGUAUGUUGGCGGCCUUGGACCACCUUUCUCCGAAAUUCCAAUUCCCGCUGGGCUCUGGACGGCGGUCCUUCAACAAGGAUUUGUAGGAUGUUUCAAGGACCUCAUUAUGAACAAUGAACCCGUGGACGUCGCGAGUUUUGCGAGAGAACAAGAUUCCGGAUCUAUCAGGACAUUGUGUCACACGCAACCAGAACAAUGUCCUUCACAACCAUGCCUAAAUGGAGGUACUUGUACUGAGGGCUGGAACCGUUUCAUCUGUGAUUGUACAAAUACUCUCUUCAGCGGACCGACGUGUGGAAAAGAAGCCCCGACUCUUAGUUUCAACGGUAGCCAGCAUAUGGAAGUAACCAUGGAUAAUGAACAAAUUACGCAAACCGAAGACAUUGUUUUAAGAUUUAGAACUAGCAAGCCUCUCGGAUUGUUGCUGAUCACCUCGACCGUCGAGACCGGAGAUAGGAUUGAGUUGGCAGUAGCCGCCGGCAGGAUUCGCCUGGCACUAAGACUCGGGGUCAGAGAAAAGAAAAAAGAAGAUAGAGAAAAGGAUAAGAUCCUACUAGCUGGACAAAAUAUCAACGACAACGAAUUUCAUACAGUUCGAUUGUCUAGAAGAGGAUCAAAUUUAAAAUUACAACUCGACAACCAAUCUCCUGUGAGAGCUGAAAUUCAAGGUAAGCUUAUAGCUUUACAAUGGCGUACUAUACAUUUAGGAGGAUUAUAUCACCUCGAGGAAGAGAUUAGCAUGUCUACAACAGUUCCUAAUUUUAUUGGAGAUAUACAACAAUUUUACUUCAACAAUAUUCCUUACAUUGAACUAGCCAAGGCACUGAGCACCGAGCAAUCGAUAGCUGGGUUCCCAAACAUAAAGAUCGCCGCAAAAUUCGUAAAGCACGCCACUGAUAAUCUUCAUCGACCAGUCACUUUUAGAUCUAAACAUACUUUUAUCGGUCUACCUAUGCUCAGGGCCUAUUCCAGUAUACAUAUCGACUUUAUGUUUAAAACUAGAGAAGCCAACGGACUGAUUUUAUUCAACGGUGGAAAGAAAGACGAUUUUGUAGCUGUCGAAUUAGUAGAAGGGCAUAUCAGUUAUAUUGUCAACGUGGGAGAUGGCACUGUUACGCUACACGACACUCAUCGAAAUCAACUCAACGACAACCGUUGGCAUACAGUCGGUAUUCGACGCCCUUCAGUUAAACAACAUACUUUAAUGGUAGACGAUGACGUAGUUAUAGCAGCGAAUCUCGGUACGGGAAAUUUGGAACUUGAAGGUAUUCUUUAUUUGGGCGGCGUAUAUAAAGACUUGUACCAAUUAUUGCCUCAAGACUUUAUCAAAUCAACGCACGGCUACGAAGGAUGUAUUGCCGGUUUAGAUCUCAACGGGGAAUCACCGCAUAUCGUCGAAGACGCCGUAGUGCAUAGUUCCCAAGUCGUAUCCGGAUGUGAAAGUCAGUCAGCAAAGUGUAGUCACAACGUGUGUGCCAAUGCCGGCGUAUGCGUUCAACAAUGGAACUCCUACACAUGCGAUUGCGAUAUGACUUCCUUUACAGGACCAACUUGUUCCGAUGAAUCGGUUUCUUAUGAAUUCGGUCCUAAUAGAGGAAUCAUAAUUUACACAUAUCCAGAAGAUAAUAUGCCCGAAAUGCAAGAAGACACGAUAGCACUCGGAUUAAUAACAAAUAAAGCCGAUGCGGUUCUUCUCAGGAUAGUCAGUGGAACGUCCAAUGAUUAUAUUGAAAUGUAUAUUGUGGAAGGAAAUGUUUUUGUCGUUUACAACUUGGGAUCGAGUGAUCUUCUUCUCGGAGAAAUAUCCGUAAGAGUUAACGAUAAUGCAUAUCACGUAAUUAGAUACCACAGACAAGGUCACAACGCAACUCUACAAGUGGACGACUACAAUGUACAAACUGUUCAUCCUCUAGGUCAUCAGCUGCAAGUAUUCAACACUCAAUCUCAGAUUCAAAUCGGAGGCAAAUGGACCAAAAAAGGAAGGAUAGAACGACCGUUUUCUGGAAAAAUAUCUGGCGUCGUGGUAAACGGAUUAAGAAUACUAGAUUUGGCUGCGGAAAAAGAUCUACACACAUCAAUUCGCGGAGACGUUCAAUUAACGCAAAUGGAUAAACACGAACAUCUUCAAAAAAUGCAGCAAACUCCCGCAUCUGGCUUUCCGGGUAUUGAGGACGAUCUCGUAUUUAGCGGAGCCGGAUCGGGUUGUAAUAACGGCGACGAUGAAGAUGAAUGCCCUCCUCUACCAGAAACCGGUUCAGGAGACGAUGAUCUAAUAACGCCAGUUUAUAAUCCACCGACACGACCGCCGCCUACUAAAAAACCCAAACCUAAACUAGAGGGAGCUGAAACAAAGCCGUGCGACGACGAGGAUUGUUUCCCCGGUUCGGGAUCUGGAGAAGUUACGGAAGAAACGUCUAAGACUACACCCACAGAACCAACAGAUUCCAAUUUAACGACCGACAACUCGAGCAUCAAAACGACAACAGAACGAGAUACUUCAAUUACCGGUUAUACGACCGGAGGGUCGUGGUCGAAUCUAACGACUUCAUUUAAAACUACGGAAAUUUUAGAAACCACUACGGAACAUCCGACAACGAAAUACGAAACAACAGUUUCCACAACAACAACUACAACAGAAGCACGUACUUAUCCAACGACGACGACGACGACAACUUCGACGACAGAACGUCAAAUACCGCCUCACGUGAUUAUACCUUCGCAAAUGGAAAAUCCUUUUAAUAAUCAUAAACCCGUACCUUCGAAGAAGCCUCAAAGGGUCAAUUCGGAGACAUCCGAAAUUGUAGCACUAAUAAUAGGUAUAAUAGCUGGCGCUCUAAUCGCCGUCAUCCUAAUCAUUCUCGUAAUAUUAAAAUUCAAAUCACGCAGUGACCGUUCUUACAAAGUCGAAGAAUCCAAAGGUUAUCAACAAGGACCUAAUGCUGCACUAUUGGGAAAUACCUCGAGCAGCAACGGUCAUCAUCAGGCGCAAUAUCAAAUCAACGGCGCUGUACGUAACGGCGAUAGAACUACACCGUCUGCACCGAUCAAAACAAAGAAACGCGACAGCAAAGAUAUCAAAGAAUGGUACGUGUAAAGUUGGUAUCAUUGACUCUUGGGCGACUGGUUUGAAUGCGAGUAUGACUCCGAGCCAAUAAUGAGCGAAUGCGUGCGUAACACAGAUAAUUCUUCGAUCGUCUAAAUCAGAGAAUGUGGUGGUGUUAUAGUCACAAUACUUUUUUUUUUUUUUUCAAUUUUCGAUGCAAGAUUGGUGUGCUAUAAAAAUCUAUGAGAAAUAUAUUGGAAUUUUAAUAAUAAAUAAAGUAUUUUCAUUUACACUUGUUUUGUAUUAAAAUUUUACUGUGUUAAGCCCUCUAAAAAUCCCAAAUUUACUUAUCGAUCAUUUACUUAUACAUUCUAUCGAUGUUUCUAGAUAGUUCAACAAUUUUUAUAAUUUAUCACCUUCUAUCGUUUUUAUAGUACACCAAACCUUUCUUGAUAAUAUAUACGAUCUUUCAUAACUUUUUAUCCGUGUGGAUUUUAUCAAUUAAAAUUGUCACUAAGCUCAUUAAAUUAUUUUCUGUGGUAGAUUCGUAAAAUUAUAUUGAAAAAAGUUUUACUUAGUUAAACAGCCUAGAAGUAUUUCGAUUUUUGUUUUGUUGGCGAUAGUUUUUCCACUAAUCAAAUUUCGGUAAAUUAUAUAAUUUCCUUACUAAACUAACCGGUUUUUAUGGAGUAAAUAAAUUGGACAUGAAGAUUUAUUGGUAAUACACGGAUGCAUUAACGUACUUGACGUUUGUAAAGGUUGCGACUAAUUGUAUCUCAGAAACCGUAUGGAUCACAAAAAAAGCUUGAAUUUGUCGUUUUUACUAGAAAGACCAGAUAUUAAAGUUCUUAUUUAUAGGGAUAAAUCUUUUUAACGGGUUUACCUUAAUUUUUUUCUUCUAAAAAUUCUUAAAAGAGGAUAACGACGACUAUAUUUGUAUGUAGAGGAUGUGAAGAAUGACCAUUAUUAAAGACUGAUGGUAUUCUUAAGCGUAGAGAAAUUUUUAUGUACUAAUAGUAAAAUGAAAUUUAAAGUUUCAAAUAUACUUAUAUCAAAAUUUCAAUUUUAAGUCUCGAAAAUACAAUGAUUUUGAUACAAUUUUAGUAUUGCAAAUUGAGUAAAUUUGAAAACUUUUCAUGCUAAAAUGAUAAUUAUAUUAAAAGAAGCAUUAAUAAAUGAACGUGUAUAAUAUAUUUAGUUUCAUUUUUCAAGCAUGUGGGCCUUAAUUUAUUGAGUAGGUAACGUAUUUAGAAUGGUAGGUAAUGCAAGAUAGACUUUCGUAACAAAUAUAAUAUCACAAGAGUCAUAUCAACUUUAUAUGUAUAAAUAUACCUCUUUAAAACAAAUAGUUCUUAUAUAAAUUGAUUUUUUAAAAGUAGAUGAGUAAAUGAUGAUAAAAAAAUGGUCUGGUUAACAAUAACGAGAGCUCAAACAUAAUUUGAGAGUUUUUAAGUAUCUCUAUUUAGAAAAAUUGACACGUAUACGAAAAUUUACGAUUUGGCAAAAAACGUUCAAAAUAUGGUACUUAUAUAUUUGAUAUGUAAUUAAAUCAGUCGACAUAUUUUACAAAUUAAAGAAAAAUAUGUCCGACUCUCCUUAUUUACGUAGGUAAUGUUGAAAUAAGUCAUUACUUUGAAUCUCAUGUCCAAUUAUACGAUCUAAUAAAUUUUGAGUAGUUAAAAAAAAUAUUUUCGGUGACACAACAUAAAACAAUCUAUCAGAAAUCUUCAAAAUAAAAUCCUAAAUCGUUAAAAUCUAAAAUAGCAAUACCUAUUUCACCUUUACCCCCCCCUCAACCCCUCUCUCUAAAUAGUUAUGCAUAAAAAUAUUUAUUUACAUUAGUUGUUACAUAUAUUUGUUGUGUAUAAAGAACAUUAUACGUAGUUAUAGCAUUUUGUAUUAUACUUUUUUGGAUUUUUGUUAGAGCUAUAAUAAAAUGGCGUAUAUUUGGA